AUGACGUCAAAAUUGAAAGUAGCUUUGAUACAAUUUCUUGGCUCAACUUCGAAACAACAAAAUAUCAAACGAGCCUGCGAUUUAAUUCGACAAGCAGCAUCAAACGGAGCACGUUUAAUUGUUCUUCCUGAAAUCUGGAAUAGUCCAUAUGGUGUCAAAUACUUCGCUCAGUAUGCUGAAUCCAUACCGAAUGGUGAAACAGUCGAGGCUCUUAGUGCAUGUGCACGACAAGCCAACAUCUAUCUUGUCGGUGGUUCUAUACCUGAACGUGAAGGGGAUAAACUUUACAAUACAUCGACUAUUUUUGAUCCCAAUGGCGAAUUAUUAGGAAAGUUUCGUAAAAUACAUUUAUUUGAUAUUGAUAUCCCCGGCAAAAUAACUUUCAAGGAAAGUGAUGCGUUGGCUCCUGGUCAACAGUUGUUUACAUUUGAUAUUGAUCAGAAGUAUCGUGUUGGUCUUGCUAUUUGCUAUGAUUUACGUUUUCCAUUAUUAGCAUCGCUAUAUUCCAGUCGACAAUGUCAUCUUUUGCUUUAUCCUGGUGCAUUUAAUAUGACCACAGGUCCAGCGCAUUGGGAAUUAUUGUUACGUGCACGUGCAUUGGAUAACCAAAUGUAUGUGGCUGGUGUUAGUCCAGCACACGAUGACCAAGCAGAUUACAAAUCUUGGGGGCACACAACUUUAGUUGAUCCAUGGGGAACAGUUGUUAGUAAAUGUGAACUGAACGAAGAAAUUAUCUACGGUGAUAUUGAUGUUGAACACUUAAACACAAUACGGAAACAACUACCGUAUCUAUCACAACAAAGAAUUGAUAUCUAUACAUUGAGUGAAAAGAAGAAUGACAACUGA